UUGUGUGUCCUUCAAGUAAUCUGCAGUAGCUAAUUUGUUUUGUGUGUGCUAAGAAUAAGUUAUUGCGAAACCUUGAACAAGCCAGAGCAGUUGAAAUAUCUGAUCAUGCAACAACAUGUCAUCCAAAUAAAGGCAGAUUCAAGUGGCUUUUUUGUUUUGGUUCCCCAUAUGGCUCCAUUGGUGACGUUUCUGAGAUUAUUUGCACUGCUGUAGCCUCAAGGAUGCGCUGGUAUUAUAUAAGAGAACAAACCUAACCUUCCCACACAAGCUGAUCCACCUGGACGCAACACAACACACACACCUUGCCUGCCCUGAGCUCAAUCACUACAGAAAUGCAUUCGCCAGGCGUGUGCAUGAGCAUCAUGAAUGCACGUCACCACGGAGAUGGUUACGGGACCGUCAACAACCCCGAAGCAUUUUUCAAACAAGACUACCGAAGUUUGAAAGAGUAUUGUGUCAAUCGGCAACUACGCUACAUCGAUGAAAUGUUCCCCCCCGACAGAAGAUCCAUUGGCAACGAUGUACUGAACCCCUCUGACCUGCAAAAAGUGGAAUGGCACAGACCACGGAAAUUGGUUCCCAAUCCAUGUUUUGUUGUUGAUGGCAUCUCCAGGUUUGACUUCGGUCAAGGCGCUGUUGGUAACUGCUGGUUUCUUGCAUCUCUGGGUGCACUGACAUUCCAGAGAGUUAUCUUUGAGUAUGUUGUUCCUCUUGAGCAAAACUUUGUUAAGGACUACUGUGGACUGUUUCACUUUCGGUUCUGGAGAUUUGGCAGAUGGGUAGACGUCAUCAUUGAUGACAAGCUCCCAACAAUCAAUGGCAGACUCGUUUUUGUGAGCUCCAGAGACCCAACAGAAUUUUGGCCCGCCUUGUUGGAGAAAGCUUAUGCUAAAGUAUGUGGUUCCUAUUCAGACAUGAGUUCUGGAACACCCAAUGAGGCGUUGGUGGACUUCACAGGUGGUGUUCACAUUUCUAUCACGCUGUCAGAGCCUCCCCCAGACCUUUGGGAGCUUAUGUGCAGAGCCAGACAAUUCAAGUCACUGAUGGGAUGUGGCACUCCUCAAGGGGCGACAUCGGCCAACACUGUUUUGCCAAAUGGAUUGGUCCAAGGCCACGCCUACACCAUCACAGGGGUCAAACAGAUGAUGAGUCGCGGGCAAGCAGUAAACCUGGUGCGUUUGUUAAACCCUUGGGGCAGGGGAGAGUGGAAUGGAAACUGGAGUGAUCGGUCACCUUUGUGGGAAACUGUGAGCCCACAAGAUCGAGCUCUGUGCCUUUCUGUGGUUGACAAUGGGGAGUUUUGGAUGAGCCUGGAAGAAUUUUAUGGAUUUUAUAGUGAUCUUGACAUCUGCUGUGUAUGUCCCGACUUCCUUGAUGAAAACCCAUCCUCCCAUUGGAAGACAUCUUUCUUUGAAGGCAGAUGGCUUGCUGGGAAAACAGCUGGAGGAUGCAUGAAUAACAUUGAGCAGAGCUUCUGGACUAAUCCACAGUAUCGAGCCAAGAUUGACUGUGAAUGUGCUUCCCAACAAGGGGGGAAAAACAUGCUGGUGUCUCUCAUGCAAAAGCCAGACAAAAGAAACAGAGCCCUGGUCAAGAAUCUCCACAUUGGAUUCUCAGUAUUCAAGGUGCCUGAAGAAUUGAAGGCACAUAGAGGGAAGUUUCCAGCAUCUUUCUUCAGCAGAAACAUACCUGUUGUACAGACUAAAAACUACUUAAACGCUCGUGAGGUAAUGGAGCUCGUUAUGUUAGAGCCCGGGGAAUACCUGAUUGUACCAUCAACUUUCAAGCCCAACGAGACCGCCUCCUUCAUCCUGACCAUCCUCUCCAAGGCAAAGGCCCACAUCCAUGAGACUUCUGGUGGGCAAAACUAUGGACAUAAAGAAGUUGAAGAGUCCAGAGCAGCUGACGAUGAUAAGAGAAUAUUGUUCCGGCAAUUAUUUGACAAGUAUGAUGAAGUGGAUGCCGAGCUGCUUCAAAAGCUGCUUAAUGAUCAAAUCUUGAAAGGAGACUUGAAAACUGGGGGCUUCAGUAUUGAUGCAUGCCGCAGCAUGAUUGUUAUGAUGAGUACAACUGUCAACGGCAAACUGAAUGCUGGGGAACUAUAUAAUUUGUGGAAGAAGGCUGUCACAUACAAGGAUAUUUUCUUACGUACUGAUGUCUCAGCAAAUGGAACACUUUCACACAAUGAGCUGAGGAAUGCUGCUUUUGCUUUAGGAGUAAGGGUCAGUGACGACAUGUUAAAUAUGUUGGCUGUGCGCUAUGGGACUUCCUCUGGACAUGUAACACUGGAGAACUUCAUCAGUCUAGCUCUGCGCCUUGUGUGUAUGAAAAAAAUCUUCAAACGUUUUUCUGACGGAAUGACACUGUCGCUUCCUGAAUCUGAGUGGAUGCAAAUUUCGAUGUGUACCUGAAGAGGAAGAUGAUGUGAGAAGAAAACCAAGGCAUAUUGUGAACAGUGGAAGUAUUUGCUCUAACCAGUCAUUCACCAUGGUGCCAUAACUACCAUAUAUAUUACUAAAUUAACUACUUGUUAAAUGCAAAAUUGUCCUCAAUCGUGAAUAAACAUGCCUUAACAAAUAA